CACUGUGAUAGACUGCAUCCAGUUUGCUGAGUAGAGUGUUGGAAGCCAUUUUGUAGAUGACAUCGCCGAAGUGGACUGUAUUUCUUAUUUUUCUAUGAUUAUGCCAAUGACAGCACCAACUGUUUAGUAGUUAUCGCCUUGCAGAUCCUGGCAAUACAAACAUCUGAUGCUAAACUAUGUUUGAAAUGGGAAUUCAUGAUGACAAAAUGCAAUUUUUGUAUUUUCCUUGUAGUUGGUCUUCCAUAGGAAAAUACUGUAGUUAACAGAAAAGUUGAAUGAUACAGUACAUGCUUUCAGAUCAGCCUGUUUAACCCAAAACUGUCAAUAGAAACCAAAUUAUUUUAGACAGGAGGGAAAAGCCCUGUCUAUACAGUUUAGUAGUAGGGUGAAACACUGGUUUGACAGUGGUCUCUCUCCAUCUCUCUCUCUUUCUCUGACUCUUCGGUAAACAGUACAACACACCUGACUCAUUGUGUCUUUCUUCCUUCAUCAGAUGCUCUCAUCAACGUAAAUUACAGUACCGAUAACUGGUUGAUUAUUGAUGGUUAUCACUGGUUAUCAUUAAUGUAGACAAAGGACGUGUUCUCUCUGUUCGCUGGUAUCCAGAUGAGUCGUCUAUGGAGGCGUGACAUGCCCCUGUCUGAUCGGCUAGGACUACCCCCUGGUCCCCGUCCCACCAUGCCCCCCCCGAGCCCAAACAUCUCCUGGUUCCCAGAGGCCCCCCAGCUGACCUCAGAACAGCCCACCUUCCUGAUGACCCCCGCUGCCCAGGCUGUGUCAGGCUUCUUCGUCUGGACCGCCCUACUCUUCACCUGCCACCAGAUCUACAUGCACCUGCGGUACUACAGUUCUCCUAAUGAGCAGAGACACAUCGUGCGGAUCCUCUUCAUUGUGCCCAUCUAUGCCUUUGACUCCUGGCUCAGCCUCCUCUUCUUCACUAAUGAGGAGUACUAUGUCUACUUUGACACCGUCAGGGACUGCUAUGAGGCGUUUGUCAUCUAUAACUUCCUCAGCCUGUGUUAUGAGUACCUGGGAGGAGAGAGCGUCAUCAUGGCUGAGAUCAGAGGAAAACCUAUUCAGUCCAGUUGUAUUUACGGUACGUGCUGUCUCUUGGGGAGGAGUUACUCCAUUGGGUUCCUGCGGUUCUGUAAGCAGGCCACGCUACAGUUCUGUGUGGUCAAACCCCUCAUGGCCAUGGUCACAGUCAUCCUACAGGCCUUUGGAAAGUACCGCGACGGAGACUUCAAUGUGAACAGUGGGUACCUGUAUGUGUCCAUCGUCUACAACAUUUCAGUCAGCCUGUCUCUCUACGCCCUCUUCCUCUUCUAUUUCUCCACCCGGGACCUGCUCAGCCCAUACAGCCCCCUGCUCAAGUUCUUCAUGGUCAAAUCUGUCAUCUUCCUCUCCUUCUGGCAGGGCAUGUUGCUGGCCAUCCUAGAGAAGUGUGGGGCCAUCCCCAAAAUCAACUCACCCGAGGUGUCAGUGGGAGAGGGAACGGUUGCCGCCGGUUACCAGAACUUCAUCGUCUGCAUCGAGAUGUUCUUUGCCUCCCUGGCCCUGCGUCAUGCAUUCACAUACAGGAUCUAUAUGGACAAGAGGCUGGACUCUCAGGGCCCAGUUCCUAUGUAUGGAGAGUCUGGUCGCUGUGCCCCCAUGAAGAGCAUCUCCAGCAGCCUGAAGGAGACGAUGAACCCUGGAGACAUGGUCCAGGAUGCUAUCCAUAACUUCUCCCCGGCCUACCAGCAGUACACCCAGCAGUCCACCCUGGAACAGGGUCACUCUGCCCCGCCUGUGUCCCGCACCAUCAGCACCAUCAGCACCCGCGACAACGAGAAGACCCUGCUGCUCAGCUCGGAUGACGAGUUCUAAGUUAACACACACCAGCCCCAGCCAAUCACCUCUUUACUGACUGUUGGGGUGAGGUACUACCUCCUGGUCUUAUGGAGUAUUGGUAGGGGAUUUAAAGUGUGUUGUUUGGGGUUGGCAUCGACCUCAAUACAGGGAUACAGGACCAUAUCACUUCAAUAUCCUCUACUACACACAAUUCAGGACUUUACAGGAACUCUUCUCUUGGUAGAAUAUACGCUUAUUGGGAACAUGAUGUAAUGGUUGAAACCAUUGUCUAGAAAAACUUCAAUGGUUGCUUAUAUAGGACUUAUAGGGAUUUUCUGAGAGAAUUAUACUUCACUUAUUAGAGAGACAUUUAUGGUUUGAAUAAAAGUGAUUUUAUCGUUACAAAAUGUGUCUGCUAGCUAGCUAACAUCCAAUGACGAUGAUGGCCCAUACUAUAUUUAUAUUAAAGUACUUUGGCUAUGGAUGG